AUGUACAUGUGUAGCAAUACCGGCCUGUCUGGUUGGGCAGAGCUUAGAAAUCGCACUCGUCUUUGUUUUCAUCCGACACUUAAGCAUUUAAUUAAAACCGCUGGCCCGAAUGUCCUGGCCGAAUCGCUUUUUCCUCCGCUCACGUCCCCGCCUCCCCCUCGAUCCCGACUCCUCCAAACACGUUCUACGGCGCAAUAUCACUUCGGAUCUCCGUAA